AAUUUUGUUUUUAAAGAGAAUCACAUCUGUGUGUGUGUGUGUGUGUGUGUGUGUGUGUGCGCGCGCGUACGCGCGCUCACUCACAUGCAUAUUUAUAUUUGUAUGUGUCAUGGCACACAUGUGGAGGUCAGAGGAUGUCCUUUAGGAGGUGGUUCUUUUCCACCAUGGGGCCUGGUGGUUGACCUUAGGUUGUUGGUGUCGAGUGCCUUUACUUACUGAGCUGUCUGCUCUUCCCUAAAACGAAUUCUUGUAAUAACAACAUAAAAAUGAUCUUAUGUUUAUGCUUUAGAGUUUACUUUGGCAUUUGUUUCAAGGUGCAGGUCCAGUUAACCUUGUUUCAUACUAUCCUUAAUAUCUGAUUACCACUUGGGACUAGUAACUUAGAGUUCUUACUUUUUAACCUAAGUGUUCACUGGGAGAGAUUGGAGAUGAUGUAGGUAGUUGAGACUGAACCUGUCUCUACUGUAUCCUAAGCAGUCUGCCUGUGAGCACUAACUCCGUCCCUAAUUAAUUUUCUAUAAACUCAGAACAGAUAUUUCUUGUGGACUAUUCAUUUUUAGGAUUAAAAAGACAUGUCUAAAAUCCAUUAGUAUAUGCAUGUGAGCUGGUUAUUAAAAUUACUUUGAUUCUGUUGAACAGGGUUUAUCCUCCUGUAUUGAAUGGUCCUAAAAGAAUGUUCAGUUGACAGUAGAGAAUUAAGCCAAGGAAUCUUAAUUUUAAUUUUUAUACGAUUUUGCUUACUGUGCGUGUGUGUACAUCACAUCAUGCAUGUAAGGUCAGGCGACACUGAAAGGGACCAGUUCUCCUACCAUGUGGGCUGAGGGAAUAGAACCCUCAGGUCUUCAGGCUUGACACAGCCUGCAUAUCUAUAAGCCAUCUGAAUAGCCUAGGUCCUAGGAUUUUAGCAGUUAUUAAUAAAGUGAGCAGGAAUUUGACUUCAGGGUGUAUAUACAUAAACAUAUUUCUGCAUUUAUUUAUAUAUAUUGUUUUAUAACUUUUAUUAACAGCCUUAAUAAGAUGUUAUAUGAUUUUGUUGUUUGCUAGGGUUAUUUGUAUAAUGUUACCAUUUGCCCAUUGAGUAAGUCUUCAUAUUUUCUAGAUGUCCCUCUCCUUUCAAGAUAGCCAAUUAACUGAAAAUAGCUAUGUAACUAGAUUUGGGGCUAGACAUGUAUGUAGCUCAGUGGUUGGUCAUAACCUUUUCUUGAGGCCCCGGGUUCAAUAUCCAGGCUUGAAAGAAUUAAAAAAUUACAAAUAAACAAGCAGAUUAGACUCAAGAGAAUUUCAUUUCUCAGUUUUACUCUUUGCUUCUUAGGCUGUCACAUUUCAAUUGUUUUCCACCAAGAGCCUUACCCCCACUACCACGCUGCCCCCCAUCUCUCUUUCUUCAUAUUUUAUGUAGCUGAGUUCAAACUUGGUAUGUAACUGAAGAUGUGUGUGUGUGUGUGUGUGUGUGUGUGUGUGUGUGUUUCAAAAAAAUGGAAAAAAGUAUUUUUUAAAUCUGAAAAGUAGCUCAAGGCUUCAGCUACUCUAACUUUUUCAAGAAUAAAAGUGAGUCUGUGUAAGGAGGGCUUUAUCUGCUUUGGUAUAGUUCUCUUCCCUGUCCUAUAAAAACUUUUUGAUGUUACAAUUUUGUUUAUUAAUAAAUAGUUUUAAAAGAUAUUUUUGUUAUGCUUUCUGAAGAUGAGUUCCACAGUGACAGAAAGCAGCUGAUGUGUAUGUUUGAAGUAGCUCUUUGGAAACAGGCAGCUCCACUGUAGCAUGAGGAGAGCUGCUGUAAGGAACUCAUUUGCUUUCUGUAUCCCCCAAACUAAUAGAAUUAGAAUUGCCUGUGCAACAGAUAUGACUGUCUCGAAGGUAGGUUUAAUUAGCCUGAGAUUUUGUUUACAUUUUUAUAUUCUCUAAAUUUUCUGUUUUGCCUUUUUUGGGGGUAUUCCUGGAUUAUUUGAAACAUCUGUUGUGAGAGCUGGAGUCAUGCUCAGGGUUAGGAGCGCUGCCACCCUUGCAGAUGACUCAGAGUCAUGUCUCAGCACCUCACCUACAUGGCACUCGCACUGACAACAGAGCUGAAUCAAUUUAUGAAGAAAUGAAACAGAAAUAUGGAACUCAGGGUUGCUAUUUACUUAAAAUUAAUUCUCGAGCACCAAAUCGAGCAUCAGAUGAGCAGAUACCAGAUCCUUGGAGUCAGUAUCUCCAGAAAAAUAGUAUUCAAAACCAGGAAUCAUAUGAAGAUGGCCCUUGUACUAUGACCUCCAGUAAGAAUUCUGAUAGUAACUUGCUUUCAUUGGAUGGACUAGAUAACGAAGUCAAAGAUGGCCUUCCAGAUAACUGCAGAGUUCAUCCACUUCAAAUAGACCAGUGCGGUGACACUCCUCAUAACACCGAUGGCUCGGAUCAUGCAAAGUCUGCUUCUUCAGUACAUGAGACAAAGAAAGCAAGCACUGGACUGAUUCGUGGUGCCUGUUUAACACUUACUGAUCAUGAUAGAAUUCGACAGUUUAUACAAGAAUUUACAUUCCGUGGCCUUUUGCCACACGUAGAGAAAACAAUUCGUCAGUUAAAUGAUCAGCUAAUAUCAAGGAAAGGUUUGAGUCGAUCUCUGUUUUCUGCCACUAAGAAGUGGUUCAGUGGCAGUAAAGUUCCAGAAAAGAGCAUCAGUGAGCUGAAGAGCACGUCGGGGUUGUUGUAUCCACCAGAAGCACCUGAGCUUCAGAUCAGGAAGAUGGCGGACUUGUGCUUUUUGGUGCAACACUAUGAUUUGGCCUACAGUUGCUAUCACACUGCAAAGAAGGACUUUCUUAAUGAUCAAGCCAUGCUUUAUGCAGCAGGUGCCUUGGAAAUGGCAGCAGUGUCAGCCUUUCUUCAGCCUGGAGCUCCCAGGCCGUACCCUGCUCAUUACAUGGACACAGCAAUUCAGACAUAUAGGGAUAUCUGCAAGAAUAUGGUGCUGGCUGAAAGAUGUGUGUUGCUUAGUGCCGAAAUUUUAAAAAGUCAAAGCAAGUACGCAGAGGCUGCAGCUCUUCUAAUACGGUUGACAAGCGAGGAUUCUGAUCUCCGAAGUGCACUUCUUUUGGAACAGGCUGCACAUUGUUUCAUAAACAUGAAGAACCCCAUGGUUAGAAAAUACGCAUUUCACAUGAUCCUGGCAGGCCACCGUUUUAGUAAAGCAGGGCAGAAAAAGCACGCUUUGCGCUGCUAUUGUCAAGCCAUGCAAGUUUACAAAGGAAAAGGCUGGUCUCUGGCAGAGGAUCAUAUCAACUUCACCAUCGGGCGCCAGUCCUAUACUCUGAGGCAGCUGGACAACGCUGUUUCCGCUUUCAGACAUAUUUUAAUCAAUGAAAGCAAGCAGUCUGCCGCUCAGCAGGGAGCCUUCCUCAGAGAAUAUCUCUAUGUUUAUAAGAAUGUAAAUCAGCUGUCACCAGAUGGCCCUUUACCACAGCUUCCCUUACCAUACAUUAACAGUUCAGCAACACGGGUUUUCUUUGGCCAUGACAGACGACCAGCAGAUGGAUCCAAAACCUUCUUGCCUCCCUGGAUACCAGGUGAAAAGCAAGCGGCUACUCAUGUGAGUCUUGAUCAAGAGUAUGACGCUGAGUCGUCCCAGCAGUGGCGAGAACUUGAGGAGCAUGUUGUGGCUGUGGCUAAUAAAGGAGUAAUCCCAUCCAGUUUCUAUCCUACACAGUAUUGCUUGAACAGUUACUCCGAUAACUCCAGAUUUCCACUGGCAGUUGUAGAAGAGCCAAUUACUGUGGAAGUGGCUUUUAGAAACCCUUUAAAAGUUCCGCUUUUGCUGUCUGAUUUGUCAUUGCUCUGGAAGUUUCAGCCUAAAGACACCAGUGGGAAAGACACUGAAAAAGAACGAGUUACAGGUGAACCUGAAAUGAUUGGAACUGAAGUUAUUUCAGAAUUUUUAAUUAACAGUGAAGAAUCUAAAGUGGCAAGACUGAAGCUCUUUCCCCAUCACAUAGGGGAGCUGCACAUCCUGGGAGUUGUGUAUAAUCUUGGCACUAUUCAGGGCUCCGUGACAGUAGAUGGCAUUGGUGCUCUUCCUGGAUGUCACACAGGAAAACAUUCUCUGGGUAUGUCCGUCCGAGGGAGACAGGAUUUAGAAAUUCAAGGCCCUCGACUUAACAACACCAAGGAGGAGAAGACGUCUGUUAAGUAUGGCCCUGACCGACGUUUGGACCCCAUAGUCACGGAAGAGAUGCCGCUCCUGGAGGUGUUCUUUAUACAUUUUCCUACAGGUCUCCUCUGUGGAGAAAUCCGAAAAGCAUAUGUAGAGUUUGUCAAUGUCAGCCAGUGUCCUCUGACUGCAUUGAAAGUGGUAUCUAAACGUCCCGAGUUCUUCACUUUUGGUGGCAAUACUGCUGCUCUAACACCGCUGAGCCCCUCCACAUCUGAGAACUGCAGUGCCUAUAAGACGGUUGUGACAGCGUCCCCCUCCUUGGGGACAGCAUUUGUGUCAACAGCAUCAUCUGUGGACUUCGGAACUGGCACAGGACAGCAGCUGGAGGCCAUUCCUGUCCCCCUUCCUGACUCUGUGCUACUCCCUGGAGCUUCUGUCCAGCUGCCAAUGUGGCUUCGUGGGCCAGACGAAGAAGGUGUCCAUGAAAUUAACUUUUUAUUUUACUAUGAAAGUGUUAAAAAGCAGCCCAAAAAACGACACAGAAUAUUAAGACACACUGCAGUUAUUUGCACUAGCCGGUCUUUGAACGUGCGAGCGACUGUUUGUAGAAGUAAUUCCCUUGAAGACGAAGAAGGCAGGGGCGGCAAUAUGCUAGUCUUCGUGGAUGUAGAAAAUACCAAUACUAGUGAAGCGGGAGUUAAGGAGUUCCACAUGGUGCAGGUGUCAAGUAGCAGCAAGCACUGGCAGCUACACAGAUCCGUGAACAUCUCCGAAAACAGAGAUGCCAAACUUGCCAGUAGAGAGAAGGGAAAGUUUUGCUUCAAGGCAGUAAGAUGUAAACAAAAGGAAGGUGAUAAACAGUCCUCAGAAAAAUACACUUUUGCAGAUAUCAUCUUUGGAAAUGAACAGAUAAUAAGUUCAGCAAGUCCAUGUGCAGAUUUCUUUUACCGAAGUUUAUCCUCAGAGUUGAGAAGAACACAAGACCAGCUUCCCGCCUAUCCCGAGAAAAAUGCCUCAGAGGGUGCUGUCAGGCUGAUUGAGAAGUGCAGUGAGGUGGACCUGAGCAUUGUCGUCCUGUGGAAGGCAUACGUUGUGGAAGAUAACAAGCAGCUUAUUUUAGAAGGCCAGCAUCAUGUUGUCGUUCGCACUGUUGGCAAAGAAGCCUGUUCACACUCUCAGAAACAGGAGCCACCAGAAAUGGAACUAUUAAAGUUUUUUAGGCCAGAAAACACUACAGUUUCUGCAAGACCAUCAGUAGAGCAGCUUUCUAAUCUCAUUAAAACAAGUCUCCACUACCCGGAGUCAUUUCAUCAUCCAUUUCAUCAGAAAAGCCUUUGCUUAGUGCCAGUCACCCUUUUACUUUCUAACUGUUCUAAGGCUGAGGUAGAUGUAAUAGUUGAUCUCCGGCAUAAAACAACAAGUCCAGAGGCAUUGGAAACUCACGGAUCAUUCACAUGGCUUGGACAGACACAGUAUAAACUCCAGCUGAAAAGCCAAGAGACGCACAGUUUGCAGCUGAAGGCAUGCUUUGUUCAUACAGGCGUUUAUAACCUUGGAACUCCAAGGGUAUUCGCCAAGUUAUCGGACCAGGUGACAGUAUUUGAAACAAGUCAGCAGAACUCCAUGCCUGCUUUGAUUAUCAUCAAUAACGCGUGACAGCCGAGAGUCACAGACUCAGUCUGACUUUGUGGAGUUGGUUUUACAACAGCGUUUGAAAUACCCAACUUGUUCAGGAAGUUCUCUGAUCACUGCAAAACACAGGGGCUUGGCACUUAGCUGACACAGUAUGCUGGGCUGAGAAUGCUUAGACUCCCCCUUUUUUUUUCCCCUUUUAAACCUGGUAAUAAUUUACAUGCUUAUAAUACAGAAUUCAAUGUAUCCAUACACCUUAAGCCUUAAGUCUUAAAAAAACGUCCAAGUCUGUUGCAACUUAACGGAUGGUUGUGACUCUUAGGAGUGGUUUUGAGGAAUGAAAGGCCUUGCUGGUAAUACUCCUGUUAAGCCAUUUACCACUUACCUUUACUGUGAAAUUCUAGAGAGUGUUAAAUACAGAUUGUCCUGCCUUGCCCCAGACAGUCCUGUGAGAUGGGUUUUGAACUUCGGUUGUGGACACUCAUACUUCAGUGUGGUGUCCUCUGGCUUAUACAUAACUGUAAAAAAGCUUUUCUGAUGCUUUGAACAUAGUUUUGGAAGGAGUUUGACUUUAUUCCCUUGCUCAUCUCUUACUGUCACACUAUUUCACAAUAAGAUUUUUGUCAUUAAAUCAUAUUCUUUAUUAUAACUAACAAUUAAGUUGAUCUGUUUAAAAUAUAAAUCUACUCCAGUUAAAAAUAAGCUUUUCAAAAAUGUAUUAUAUUUAUAACAAAUUUACUGUAAAUAGAAUAAAGACAUACUAUUCACUGUAUAAAUUUAUUAGAUGCCUUUUUUAAAACCUGCUUUGUGAGGACUUCAUAUAUUCUUUAUUUAAAAUAAAGUCAGACGUGUACAGUA